AUGACGUCGAAAGUUGCCAAGAAGCUAUUAACUGAUAAGACGCCCUUAAUUAGUCGUCUUCGCUUUCAAGGCGAGAAUAACAUGGGGAAGACAGGCUUGUUGGUUCUCAUCUUGAGUAAGUUUGUGUUUUAUAACAGAGUAGGUAGAGACAACAACAUCGUUUUACAUUGUAAAUAGUUCUUUAUAAUUUUAUAUAACUUUACAUUUAGCCGUUUGUGUGGCCCUUCUCGGGGUUACUGUAACAAAUUUGGUGUUCACUUUAAUCGACCGCGACAACAAAUCGUCUGAAGAAGAUACCACGCCCAAGAGUAAUCGACCAGUCUCAAAUCAACCAGUCAGUAACUCUUCUGGAUUCAAAGAAGCUGGGGAGCAACUUCUGCGAGGUAUCGACCUUAGUGUAGACCCAUGCGAAGACUUCUAUGCUUUUACCUGUAAUAAGUACCUGGACAAUGUCAAGAUACCCGAAGGAUCAACGAGGAUAGGAACGUACGAUGAAGCACAAGUUGUAGUCGACACCCAGAUUGUAGAGUUCUUGGAUCAAGAUGACAACGAUACGUUGAGUGACACGGAGAAGGUUGUCAAAAAGGUAUGUAGACGAGUGGGGUUGUUUAUAGCUGAUUACUGUAUUUUGAAUUUUACGUACUGCCAUACCAAUGUUUUAUUUCUUUGAAAUCUUUAAAAAACGCUUCACCGUGUUAUUUAGGUAUACAAAGCCUGUGUCGAAAAUUCAGAUGGGAAAUCAGAAGACAGAUCAAAGUUUUUGAACGAUAAACUGAAAGAACAGUAAGUUAUACCACUACAGAAUCAACCUUUUGUAGGAUUAAUGGAGUACCUUUGUUGACAGAAAACUGGCAACAGAAGUCCAGUUUACUAGAAGUCGCAGCCAAAUGGAUCAAAGACUUUGAAAUUGAUACAGUAAUCGGCUUUGAUGUCACCGCCGACUUUAAAAACGUCAAAAAGAAUGCAUUGUACCUGAGUGCCGUAAGUUAUCUUCCUUAUUUUACUAUUUUUUGUCAAUAUAAAAAGAUUGACAUUGUAUGUUAAAUAUAUUGACAUCGACACUAAUUAUAUUGUUCAGCCUUCCUUUGUGCUACCACUCGACUACUACAUCAAGUCAACCUUCCUCAACAAGUUAGACAGUCAUCGCACAAGAAUCGAAGAGCUUUUUCAGAAGUUUGCCAACAGUAUUGAUGUUAAGGUGGAUAAAGAAAAGCUGAAGAAGGUAUGACACAUUAAAAUACACUUAUGAUAUUAAAUAACCCUGAUAUUACCUAAUUUGAUUUGUAGAUAUUGUAAUUGGACUAAAACCUUUAUAUUUUACAAAAUAUUACAACUAUUAUACUUCUUAUGUCGGUAUAGACACAAUAUUACACUUGCAGGACGUCAACGAACUCGUCAGUCUAGAAAUCAAGCUAGCCAUGAAUGUAGUCCCCAAUAACCUCCUAGUCAACAGCAAUAUCCAGUACAACAAGUACAACUUUACUAGCUUCCAAAAAGAUUACGAGCAGCUAAAAGAGUUCAUCACCAAUAUUGUGUACGAUGACGUCAAACGAGAAGACCUUGCCAUCAUCGUGACCCAGCCACGAUACUUCGAAUCCCUAAACACACUUCUGAAUCAGGUCGAACAUCGUGUCGUCUACAACUACUUGGGCUACAGGUAUCUUCUGAACUUUAAAGACUUCAUUGGAGGUGAGGAGCAGGUGUUGAUCAAGGCCAUCACCCAGUUCUCCACCUCCAGGAAACACAAGGUCAGCGACGAUGACAAGGUGGGUUGUGUCGGUACCAUCAAGGACUGGAUGCCGUAUGGUCCUGGCUUCAUCUAUGUUAAUGGCCUUGGCAAUGAUAUGCGACAACAGGUUGUGGAUGACAUAAAACUACAAACAAAGCUGGUUAUCGAACAGUUUUUGAAGAAUGUGGAUUCUAUCGAGUGGAUGAAGGCUUCUAGGAAAAGUGUACAAGCCAAAGGUGGGUUACUGUAACAUAAAGUGUAGAAGAAUAUAUGAAAAUGGUUUUACCUUUAAGCCGAAACAUUUUCUUAAUAAGAGUGCAUAUAUCACAGAUAGUCUAGUAAAACAUUCUUUAUUCAGCCGAAGAACUGAAGUCUCAUGUUAACAUUGGCUACCCCAAGUUCUUUGAAAAAGCCUUCGACGGAGACUACAAGGAACUAGACCAGUACCACACACAGUACAUCAACAGCAUAUUGGACGACAAGGUCGAAAGCUACUUUGACAUUCUGAUUGCUUUAGGAAAGGCCCAUCAAAAGACUGAGAAGCUCGGGAUCUGGGGUAAGGAUGUGGAUCGCGCCAACUUCUUGGACUCUCCGGCUACUGUAAAUGCAUGGUACGCUCCUGAAUUGAACUCUAUUACUGUUCCAUUUGCCAUUUUGAAUCCACCAUAUUACAAGUUGGACUACCCACAAGCUUACAAGUACGGAGGUCAAGGUGGUACAUUGGGUCACGAGCUUACUCAUGGCUUUGAUAGUAGUGGUGAGUCGGGUUUAGGAAGAUUGAAGUGAUGUUAUAGAUGAAACAUAGACUAAUUUAUAAAUAUAAUAGCUAGUAAAAAUAUAUUAUGAACGAAUUACUUAUUAAGCUCUUUUCUUGGCCAAUCAUGUGUAAUAUUGAAAUAGGGACUAUAACAAUAAAAACUUACAAAAUGUUUUAGGAGUUCAAUUUGGACCAGAUGGUAGUCUUUCGGGCAAUUGCAACCUGGAAUAUUGCACUUGGCUAAACUCAGACUCGAUCGACGGUUUCCUGAACAUGGCCCAAUGUGUCAUAUCUCAAUACAAUGAACAAUGCUGUCCAUUGGACACUGGCAAUGUUCACUGUGCUAAUGGAGAGAACACCCAAGGUCAGUUUCGCCACAUUCUGAAGAACUUUUGGCUAAAAAAUACUUUGGUCGCGUUGAAACUAUUGAUUAUUUACUUUUUUGGCAAUGAAUGCCACAAUUGACAGUUUUUUAUUAAAUAUUUUAUUUUCAAUUUUAAAAAUUAAAUUUUAAGCCUAUUUACUGUUUACUAAACUUUUUAUUUUAUAGGAGAGAAUAUCGCUGACAUCGGAGGUCAACUAGCUGCUUACAACGCUUACCGCGCCUGGGUGGAUACUGUGAAUGACGGUAAAGAAGAACAACAACUCCCAGGCCUAGAUGGCUUCACUUCGAACCAAGUCUUCUGGAUUACCUACGCAUUCUCGUGGUGUAUGAAGCAAGAACAAGAUAACUUGGUGAAUCAGAUCUUGACCAACGAACACGCCCCAGGCAAGUGCAGAGUCAACCAGGUAAUGCAAGACAUACCACAGUUCGCCAAUGACUUUGGAUGCAAGCCUAAACAGGCCUUGUUCCCGCCUGAGGGCAAGAGAUGCAAAGUGUGGACUGGCGUUUGA